AUGGCUGCUGGAAACGUCCCCGGCGAGAGCAACGCGCCUGUGGUACAGAUACCCUGCAUUAUCUUCUUCGUCAUCACCCCUUUUAUCAUUGCUGCUCGAUUCUGGUCCCGACACAACUCGACGUCGUCUAUUGGCUGGGAUGACUGGUGUUGCCUUCUGUCCUGGAUUUUCUGCCAGCUCGUGUCAGGUCUUAUGCUUGGCUCUUGCGCCUAUGGAUUCGGUCAACAUAUUUACAAUUUAUCCCCUGAUAAUAGGCUCAUGGCUUUGAAGCUGUUCUACAUCGCACAAAUCUUCUACAAGCUUACCAUGAAUUUGACCAAGAUAUCAAUUCUGCUUCUAUACAUGCGGAUCUUCGAAGUAUUUGUCUGGUUCCGAUGGGUCGGCCGCACCCUUAUUGGCAUAGUGACCGCUUACAUGAUCGCGGCAUUCUUCGCGGCGGUGUUCCAGUGUACCCCAGUGCAAAGAGCAUGGGAUAAAUCCGUUCCGGGAACUUGCAUUAGUAUCGAGAAGAAUUGGUACGCCAAUGCGGGCUUCUCCAUUGCCACAGAUGCAAUUAUUCUGUUGCUUCCCAUAAAGCCGGUACUGUCUCUCAAACUUCCCGUUGGUGAGAAGAUUGCGGUGUUGGGUGUAUUCGUUCUCGGCGCGUUUGUUACAUUGACCAGCAUUCUCCGCAUGCAAACACUGAAGUUCUCGUCGACGAGCUCGGACAUUACAUAUGACAUUGCAUCGUCCAUGUGGACUAUCAUCGAAGACAACACAGCCAUCAUCUGCGCUUGUCUUCCGAUGUCGGGCAAGAAGAUCCAGGCAGCCCUGGCGCUUGAUGCUCGCCAGGUUAAAACGCACUCAGAAGUGCACACAGGCAGUUACCCGAGCGAAGAGUUCAUCAUGUCCCCUAUGCAUGGCAAUGAGGCGAAUGAGUCACCGGGCUCACAAGAAGCGGGUGCCAUUCGUAAAGUUACUAGAUAUGAGGUCUCUUACGAAGAUGCGCCAAUGCCGCGUACCAAUUAG